CCGGCCAGAUAAAGGAGCCAGGGCCAAAAGGGGAGAGAGACCCCGCCCCCCUUGAGAAGAGAAGCCGCAGCCCCUGCAGGACGGGGGCCUGCGCCGCUAUGGGUUCCACUGCUACCCAGGAGGGAGCGCUGGGCUAUGUCCGCGAAUUCACUCGCCACUCCUCCGACGUGCUCGGCAAUCUGAAUGAGCUGCGCCUGCGCGGGAUACUCACUGACGUCACGCUACUGGUUGGCGGGCAACCCCUGCGCGCUCACAAGGCGGUUCUUAUCGCUUGCAGUGGCUUCUUCUAUUCAAUUUUCCGGGGCCGUGCGGGAGUGGGGGUGGACGUGCUCUCUCUGCCCCGGGGCCCCGAAGCCGGAGGCUUCGCUCCUCUUCUGGACUUCAUGUACACUUCACGCCUGCGCCUCUCUCCGGCCACUGCGCCAGCUGUCCUUGCGGCUGCCACCUACUUGCAGAUGGAACACGUGGUCCAGGCAUGCCACCGCUUCAUUCAGGCCAGCUAUGAACCUCUGGGCAUCUCCCUGCGUCCUCGGGAGGCAGAGCCCCCCACACCUCCAACGGCCCCUCCACCAGGCAGUCCUAGGUGCUCCGAAGGGCACCCAGACCCACCUACUGAGUCUCGCAGCUGCAGUCAAGCCCCCCCCAGUCCGGCCAGCCCAGACCCCAAAGCCUGCAACUGGAAAAAGUACAAGUUCAUCGUGCUAAACUCUCAGGCCUCCCAUGCAGGGAGACUGGUGGGGGAGAAGAGUUCUGGUCAACCUUGCCCCCAAGCCAUGCUCCCCAGUGGAGAUGAGGCUUCCAGUAGCAGCAGCAGCAGCAGUGAAGAAGGACCCAUUCCUGGACCCCAGAGCAGGCUUUCUCCAACUGCUGCUACUGUACAGUUUGCAUCUGGGAUUCCAGCCAAUAUCCCUCAUCUCCUUGCACCUCGGGCCCAAGAGACCACUGGAUCACUCUCUGAGCAGGCUCGGCCACCACCAGGAGGCGAGUUUUUCAGCUGCCAGAACUGUGAGGCUGCGGCUGGGUGCUCAUCCGGGCUAGACCCCUUGGCUCCUGGGGACGAGGACAAGCCCUACAAGUGUCAGCUCUGCCGGUCGGCCUUCCGCUACAAGGGCAACCUCGCCAGUCACCGCACAGUGCACACAGGGGAGAAGCCCUACCACUGCGCCAUCUGCGGAGCCCGUUUUAACCGGCCUGCUAACCUGAAAACGCACAGCCGCAUCCAUUCCGGAGAGAAGCCCUAUAAGUGCGAGACCUGCGGCUCGCGCUUUGUCCAGGUAGCGCAUCUGCGCGCGCACGUGCUGAUCCAUACAGGCGAGAAGCCCUAUCCUUGUCCCACCUGCGGGACGCGCUUCCGCCACCUACAAACCCUGAAGAGCCACGUGCGCAUCCACACCGGAGAGAAGCCUUACCACUGCGACCCCUGCGGCCUGCAUUUCCGGCACAAGAGUCAGCUGCGGCUGCAUCUGCGCCAGAAACACGGAGCUUCUACCAACACCAAAGUGCACUACCACCUUCUGGGAGGGCCCUAGCCGUGCUCCGGCCCCGGCCCCUCUCGCUUCCUGGGAUCCGGGAAAGCAGCAGGCUCGGGCCCAGGCUUGGGCGCGGGGCGCGUGCAAUGCCCCAACGGUGUAACUGCCCCCAUCUUGAUUUCGCACUGGGAAGAGCAGGGGUGGCAGGUCCUGGCUAGAUCUGCCUCUGUUUUGCUGGUCAAAACCUCUUCCCCGCGAUGAGAACUGUUUCUGAGGAAUGAGCAAGCUAAGGGCUGGGGGCGGGGAGAGCCUGGAGGCCUGGUUUCCUUAAGGGAAAAUCCCUCAACCCACAGUCCCCAUCCCAUUGAGUUUAUCUGUAAAUAUAAUUUAUUGAGGCCUCUGGUUGGCACCAGGGCCUUCAUUCUAUUGCAUUUCCCACUUCCCUCUACCACAAGUGUGAUCCAAAGUGACCUACAACACAGAAUGGGAGGUCACAGCUCUGCUGGCAGAGAUUAGCACUUGGCUCUCUCCUUUGGCUUGAGUGUUUUAUAUUAUUAUUGAUUUAACUUUCACCUUUCGACGUGCUCUUUCUCCCGUUUGUUUGCUUGUUGGGUUGCUUAAAUUGGAGAAAGGUGUUUCCUGCAUCCCCGCCCUUCCAAUUCUAGGUCUGGAACCUUUAUUUGUUCUAGGGCAGGUCUGGGAACAUACGGCAUUAUGGAAUUGGGUCAGGAACCCUCUCUGCUAUUCUGGAUAUUGUAGGUUCUCUAGCAGGCUAGAAAUGGAUCUAGACUUUUCUCUGUUCUUCAAGGGUGACAGCCUGAAAUGGAGGCCAUAAAUACCUUCUUGGAGGCUUUAAAUGUGGGGGCUAGAUUCUGUAUCACUCUACAUGGAAGCUGGUAGUCUUUCCUGCUGGGUGAUUUAGAACGUAAACUGUUUUCAUUAAUCUGGUCCCACAGGGGUUGGCUCCGCUGUGAUUCUAGACACAAAGCUAGGUUUCCAUCUCUCAUGGUAGAGCACGGCCAGGGGCUUGAGUUGAGCCUGUAAUCCUCCCACUGGGGCCUGAUCUUAGUACUGGGUUGAUCCCUCCAUGGGGGAGAAAUCGGAAAUUCCUUGUCAGAGAAGACAGUAACUUUUCAGAUUCUACCCAGUCUCUAAGAAUGCUAUGACCUAGGGGAGAAUUGCAAAACCCUUUAACUUGACUAAAUCUGAGUCAUGACCUAUCCCUUACUGCAGAGGCAGCUGGGUUUUGAACAUUCCAUGGGGCCCUCUCUACCUGCGAUGAGCCCCUUCUUCCGUGAAUGGGUUUUUGGACAUCUUCUGGCAAGUGUCCAGAUUCUAGAAACUUCUCCUUUGCCUCUCACACUCAUGGGUGUUUGGUGACAUUCUUACCUUAGAAAAGCUGGGUCUGUGACUUGGUCUUCCUGUCACUGCAUACCUGUCCAGAACCAGUGAUUGCACUAGAACCUUCCACAGGGAGGAAAAAGAGCUGAGUUCCAUUCUGGAUUUGCUGUAGUUUGGGAUUAUGAUUGGAAUUAUUGCAGGGAUUAGAGAUUUAAAAGGUUUCUUGUGACUGACUGAUUGACUGAUGGGCAAAAGGCCCCUCUAAGUCAACAGGUAUCCAGGUAGGAUUGAGAGGUUGGUUGAGGGGAGCAGUAUCUGCGUAGGCCAUGUAAGUAGGAAGUUAGGAAUGGGGUUGCCUCUUGGGGUGUCUGGAAUGUUAGAUUAGCCUUGAUUUAGAGUCCUGCCCCUUGUUGCCUUGGGGCAUGGGGUGGGGCAUAAGGAACACUUCUGAAUUUAUGGGGUGGAAUUUCCUCAAGACAAGUCAGUACUAGUGGCUGUUACUUGGCUACUCUCCUCCCUCUAUCCCUCUCACUCCCAUUGUUCCAUUGCCGACUUGAAGAAGGAGGGAGGGAAAGUAGAGGAGAAAUGUGAGAAGGAACUCUGAUUUUUACUUAGCAGAUUGGGUGGGCAGGUGGAGUGUGCCUGGGGGUGAAGGACCACGGUGGAGAUGUUAGAUCUUGCAAGACCAGAUCUUUGGAAUAAAGAAGCCUCUCAGUGUG